CGCCAAGUUAGUAAUUUGGACGCUAACUCUGGCGUGAAAACUCCCUCUUUCAAGAUUAUUCUGUUACACCUCUUUUUUUUCCCCACCACUAUCACAUUUAAUGAGCUUCCCACUUGCGCCGUAUUACGCCGUCAUACCUUCCGCCGCGGAUUUUGCUGCCUUUGCCGUCACCGGCAAAGCGGUCGUUCCGUUAGCCGCCGUUGCGGACAUCCCGGCGCUCAAGGCCUUCCUCAAAAGCGUCCCACAAACCGUUGACGUCAAGGUUGACAUCUUCGCCACCGACGCUGGUGUGGACCAGGCCGUUGAGUUGCUCAACUCCGGCGUUUCGCAAGUUUUUGUUGCCCCAAAAUUGGCUGCCCAGUUAGUCGAAGCCGGCAUCCCGGCCGCUAGACUUGCCGUGGAGGUCGCCUCUGCCGCGCAGAUCGCCGAAAUCCCAGCAGAGAGCGCCAUCUUCGUUAAUGAAACCGUCGCCGCAACGCUCGAACCGCUCUCUCGUCUGGUUUAUGUCUCCUUUGAACGCUCCACGGAUGUCUACGCAGCCGUUAAGCUCGGCUACACCGCCAUCGUGUGCCACACCAAGCUCACCACAAACGCAGCUGAAGAGCCUUCCAAGGUCUCCCUUGCUGCUGUCUUGCUCUCCAAAUUGGUCACCGACAGACCUGACGGGUUGUACACCACUUUAGUGAAUGACGUCCAGGGGAAGUCCCUUGGACUCGUCUACUCGUCGCAGGAGUCCAUCUCCGAGGCCAUCAGAACUGGAACCGGUGUAUACCAGUCCAGAAGACACGGCUUGUGGUACAAGGGUGCCACGUCCGGCGACACCCAGAAGCUUAUUACGCUCAGCUUUGACUGCGAUGGUGACUGUUUGGUCUUCACUGUAGAGCAGUCCGGCGUAGGCUUCUGCCAUUUGGCACAAUCUACUUGUUUCGGCAACUACUCGGGAUUGGCGAGGUUGGAGAAGACAUUGCUCGACAGAAAGGCGAACGCGCUUCCGGGCUCGUAUACCCAGAGGCUCUUUUCCGACGAGGUGUUGCUCGCGGCCAAGAUCAAAGAGGAGGCCGAGGAGUUGACCGAGGCGGUGAGCAAGGAUGAAGUGGCUUGGGAGUGUGCCGACUUGAUCUAUUUUGCGUUGACCAAGUGUGUGAAGGAGGGGGUAUCGUUAGCGGAUGUUGAGAGGAACUUGGAUAUUAAGGGGUUGAAGGUGACGAGGCGCAAGGGUGAUGCCAAACCAAAGUUUCUCCCGGCCAAGGCUGAAGCUAUGGCUCCUGCAGAGCUUACUGAUUCCAGGAUCGUCAUGAAACGUUUAGACUCGGCUACCGCCACCUCAGCGGAAGUAGCCGCGGCCCUCCAAAGACCCGUCCAGCAAACCUCCGACAUCAUGAAGCUCGUUCAGCCGAUUAUCGACCUCGUCAAGACCAAGGGCGAUGUCGGGAUUCUCGAAUUAACCGAAAAGUUCGAUCAUGUCAAGCUCGCCUCGCCGGUGUUACGCGCGCCGUUCGCAUCAGAGCUUAUGGAGCUCACUCCAGAGAUCAAGUCCGCCAUCGACAUCUCCAUCGCCAACGUAGAGAAGUUCCACACGGCGCAGUUGACGGAGACCUUGGAGGUCGAAACCUGCCCAGGUGUCGUGUGCUCCAGAUUUGCCAGACCGGUCGAGACCGUCGGGUUGUACGUCCCAGGGGGCACCGCCGUCUUGCCCUCCACCUCCUUGAUGUUGGGUGUGCCAGCCAAGGUUGCCGGCUGUAAGAACAUCAUUCUUGCUUCGCCUCCUCGCCAGGACGGAACUUUGACCCCGGAGGUUGUUUACGUGGCCCACAAGAUCGGUGCUAAGGCGAUUUUGUUGGCUGGUGGUGCGCAGGCUGUCGCAGCCAUGGCGUACGGGACCGAAUCCGUGCCUAAGUGUGACAAGAUCAUGGGGCCCGGCAACCAAUUUGUCACUGCCGCGAAGAUGCACGUACAAAACGACACUUCCGCCUUGUGCUCCAUUGACAUGCCAGCGGGCCCAUCUGAGGUGUUGGUCAUCUGCGACGGCAAGGCCGAUCCAGAUUUUGUGGCCUCUGACUUGUUGUCCCAGGCCGAGCACGGCGUGGACUCCCAGGUUAUCUUGUUAGCCGUGGAUAUGACCGCGGAGCAGUUGGAGGCUGUGGACGAGGCCGUCCACAGACAGGCCCUGGUGUUACCUAGAGUGGAGAUUGUGCGCAAGUGUAUUGCCCACUCCACCACCUUGUUGGUUUCGUCCUACGAGGCUGCCAUCGCCUUGUCCAACCAAUACGCCCCAGAGCACUUGAUCUUGCAGAUUGAGGAGGCCAAGUCCUGGGUUGCAAAGGUCAACAAUGCCGGCUCCAUCUUUGUUGGUGCGUACUCACCAGAGUCCUGUGGUGACUAUUCCUCUGGGACCAACCACACCUUACCAACCUACGGGUAUGCCAAGAUGUAUUCUGGUGUCAACACCGCCACGUUCCAGAAGUUCAUCACCUCUCAGGAUGUUUCUCCAGCGGGGUUGAAGAGCAUCGGGCACGCUGUGAUGACUCUCGCUGCGGUUGAGGGGCUUGAAGGCCACCGCAAUGCUGUGAAGGUCAGAAUGGAUAAGCUUGGGUUGUUGUAAGCGAAUAGCUGCGCGAUUUCCCGCAGCUAGGACCAGUUCCUUGUGUAUAGGUAAUUUAUUAAGUAUAGGAAUCUAACUGGCAUAAAUUGGAGGGGCCGAAGAAGAGAGCCAUAACGAGGAACGAUAAAGGAGGGAGGAUAAAGAAAUAAGGUAACAGGGGUGUGGGUGAAUUAACGAGGAUUAAUUCCGACAGUUAGUACGUGUGACGUUUAGAACCACAGACUUUGGGUGUCGGAUAGAAGGCCAUGUGACAUUGGGCCAUCGGUCUAACCCACGGCGGAAAGAGGUUUAAGAUACUUGCCGC